CAAUAACCCUUCCAAAUUCUGGUUUUUGCCAUAAACCCCCGAAAAAUAUUUCAGGCUGACAGGAACAUUCAGGUUUCAUGAGAAAAGGGAAGGCAAAGCACACCCUCUUUGACUCCCCUUCUCUCCCCACCCCAGGUAUAGAUGUAUAAAAGAGGGGUGAAUUUCACUCUCUGGCACUUCACUCCUUUUCCUCUGCUUGCAGCCUGUCUGGAGAGAAAACAACACAACUCUAAUCAUGAGCAGGAACUUCUUGUCCAAAAAUGAUGAGCUCCGCAAGGGAGACUAUCUGAUGUCAAACAACGGAGAGUUUAAGGCUAUAUUCCAGGGAGAUGGUAACUUUGUCGUCUAUGGCUGGCAGCCUGUGUGGGCUUCAGACACUGCAGGGCCAAAACCUCUCCGCCUGUGCAUGCAGGGUGACUGCAACCUGGUCAUGUACGGCGAUGAUGAAAAACCCAUGUGGCACACAAACUCUUCGAAAUCUGACUGUGUCAUGUGCCGCCUUCAGCUGACGGAUGAGGGCAAACUGGUGGUGAACAACGGAGCGCAUGAAGUCUUCAACUCUGCUAAUUCCAGUGGCAUGAAGUGAUCCGAUGUGUAUGAAAGUCAUGUUUUGAAGUCAACUUGAUUCACCUUUUAACGUGCCUGUAUGUAAUCUGGAAUCAAAUAAAACACACUUUUACAAUGCAUAAA